ACUUGUGGAGGUCAUGGCUCGCAUAUUAUUUGGAAGUUUUGUUGAUUCUUUCAGUGUGACCUCCAGGAAGGCGUAUAUUGCUGAGUUCAUCUCAACUUUGAUCUUUGUUUAUGCUGGUGUUGGUUCAGCCAUAGCCUAUGGUAAGUUGACAUCAGAUGCAGCUCUUGAUCCUUCUGGGUUAUUAGCUAUUGCUAUUUGCCAUGGUUUUGCUCUAUUUGUUGCUGUUUCUGUUGGAGCCAACGUUUCUGGUGGCCAUGUAAACCCUGCUGUGACCUUUGGAAUGGCUCUUGGAGGACAGAUCACAAUCGUCAAUGGAAUCUUCUACUGGAUUGCACAGCUUCUUGGCUCCAUAGUCGCAUGCUUCCUCCUCAAGUUUGCUACAGGUGGCUUGAAAAUUCCUGUCCAUAGUAUUGCAUCUGGUGUUGGAGCUAGUGAAGUAGUUGUUACAGAGAUUAUGAUAACAUUUGGAUUGGUGUACACAGUGUAUGCAACAGCAGCUGAUCCUAAGAAAGGUUCAAUAGGGACAAUUGCACCCAUUGCUAUUGGUUUCAUUGUUGGUGCAAAUAUCUUAGCUGCAGGACCAUUCUCUGGUGGAUCAAUGAAUCCAGCACGUUCUUUUGGGCCAGCAGUUGUUAGUGGUGACUACCAUAACAACUGGAUUUAUUGGGUUGGACCCCUUGCUGGUGGUGGUUUGGCUGGUCUCAUCUAUACCCAUCUCUUCAAUAUUUGUCCCUUAAACGACCAUGUAACUUUGGUUAAAUGAUUUUUUAUUUGACUGAGGUUGUUUUCUUGCUUUCAUCAGCUUUAUCCUCUUGUUUUUGCUUUUAAUGUAAAACAUUUGGGGACAUUAUUUGUUUGAAGAUAUAGAACUAUACACCUAAGACUAUUUAAGAAUCCUAUUCUUUGGGAUUGUGUUUUUUCCUUAGUGAUUGGUGUAGUAUUGUUUUGCUUUGCAAAUUUGGGUAGUAUAUUCU